AUGAAGGACGGACAUCUUCGUGGCCAGGACGCCUGGACAGCCGUCGCUGUGCAUCGACCCAAUCUGGCUCCUUCGACGGCGCAUCACCAUUACCUCACGCGGCCUAAAUGGUCGAAUGCCUCGCCAGAACCCACCGUGAACGAUGCAUACCACAGCGCAAAGCGCGGCUUGCCCGUGUUUAGAAACGAGCACCGACCUAGCUUAGCAUCAGUCUCAACGGCUGAAGAGCCAUUGUUGAGGUCAUCAACCACAAAUUCCAUCAUCUCGACAUCCCUGCCAACCCCUUCCUCAGAACCCCAGCGCCCAUUCACAGACAGAUAUGGCCGCUGUCUGGAAAUCCUGCACUACGGCUCCAACAGCACCGUCCGCCUCCACCAAACCAAAAUGACCACUUACGGCAUCAAAUCAAAACAGCUCUACGCCAUCAAAGUCUACCGCUACAACAAUAACAUCGUCGACUCCCCCAAUGCCCUCGCUCGCGCAUCUACCUGCCCGAUACAGUCCAUCGGCAAUCUCCACCCACACCACCCAAAUAUCCUCGCCAUAACAGACCUCCUCUACAACGAACGCGGCGAACUCUGUCUGGUAAUGCCCUUCUGCGCCGGCGGCGACCUCCACGAACUCGUCUCCCGCUCAGGACCCCUCGCCACACCCGAAGCAGACUGCAUAAUCGCACAGGUCCUGCGAGCUCUAUCCUUCCUGCACGAGCACGGCACCGCCCACCGCGAUAUCAGACUCGAAACGGUCCUCCUCACACAACACGGCGCCGUGAAACUUGCCGGCUUUGGUGACGGGCAUAUCAGGCGUAUCUGGAACGAAUGUGCCAUCGCCCCGGCCCAGAAUGACGGCGAAGACGAAAGUGACACUGCGCAUUCCCCACCCCAUUCCACGCGCUCCUGGUCCUUCUCUUUACCAUGGAUCCUGGCCCCGUUUGGUCAUCCCAGUCCUGCUAAGGGGAAUACGGGGGAUACGGCGAAUUCUACUGCUUCUUUCCCCGGUAUGAGUUUGCCGUAUAUCCCGCCAGAGGGGUUUGCGUAUCGGCCUCGUCAUCGGUCGUCGUGGAGAGAUACUAUCGAGUGUGAGGAGGAUGAGCAUGAUGACGAGGAGGAGAUUCGUGAUCCUCGGCCGGCGGAUGUUUGGGCUACGGCGAUUAUCUAUUUGGCGCUUAUCACUGGUCGGUUGCUUUGGAGGAGUGCCAGGCCCCGGAGGGAGGAUGCAAGGUAUUUGGAGUACUUGCAUUGUCGACUUGGGGAAGAUGGGUAUCCGCCUAUUGAGGCGUUGGGAGAGAGACGCCGCAAUGCCAUCUAUGCAAUGCUACACCCCAACUCGCGCAAACGCAUUACCACGAAAGAUAUGCUACGGUCAGAAUGGUUGCAGAGCGUAUCGAUUUGCGAAGCCGGGGAGAAGGGAUAUUGA